AAAUAACCAAAAACAUUUUAAUUAAUGGAAUAUAACAGACUGUUAAAUCUAGCAUUAUUUAAUCUUUACCCACCACGUCACUAUUUAUUUAGUAUGGGACCUUUCGACGGAAAUAUACAAAAAAUCCUUAUCUUUUUUUUGAACACUAUGUUGUAAUAUAUAGGCCCAUUAUAAAGCCUUUGCCAUACGAUAUAGCAGCAUAGAUUAACAGAUGUACCCCGUACAGAUUAAGAAUUUAAUCCAGAAAAAAUGGCUUUUACGUCAAUUUUGAAGACACAGAUAAUUCCCAGAUGGAACGAGAAGUUAAAGAACGCCAGCAUCUUGCCCUUCGCAAGGAAAUAUUACAUUGCAAAAAUGCAGAAUUUUCAUCUUAAUUAGUUUUUUAAGAUAACAUGUAGGCUACCACAUGAGUAAUCAAGAUCAGUUCACAUUCCAAAUACAUAAUUGUGGGUUAUAUUCCUGUUUCAGUUGAGUUUCCUCUAUAUCUUUCCUCUUUGAAUGGUGUCGUAAGUUCUAUGCACAAAACUCACUUGUACUGGGUCGCAAUGAAAUGACGGUGCCGUUUCUGAUCUAGCUAGUUUAACAGACACUUACAGUUGUUAGCACUCCGACUGUAGACCUGUACAACUGUCUACCGAUUAUUUCGAGCAGAAAUUUAAUUUUGGAAUUUAUAAUACGCAGUCUAGCUAACUUUACCAGGUCACAUAGAAUAGAAUAGAAUAGAAUAGAAUAGAAUAGAAUAGAAUAGAAUAGAAUAGAAUAGAAUAUAUACAUUACUUGGCAGGAUUUUCUUUAUAUUUUGAAUAAAGUACGCCAAUCACAGGGUCGCGUCUCCUCUCUUCUCCUCACCCCUUGAUCCACGGUGACAGCGCUUUACGUCAUGUCCAGAUCGUGCCGUGGGUGUGUCUUAAAUCAUAGGGUUUCAUUCAUAAAUACGUCUAGCUUUUAAAUCAAAAUUAAGCUGUUCGAGGAAGAUUGUGCGCCAUUGGUUUCUGUCUAAAUAUCUCUGCAUGGACCACAUGAAUUACAAUUAGGGAGAGGCAACGCAGACGCGGCACAGAGGCUUCUGUCGGGGUGAACUGUUGGGCGGGAGUCGUCGUGGCGUUACGGAGGCAGCUGCGUAACGUCUCAUUCCCUCUCCCCCAGGGGGACGCUGACGUUUCGCCUGGACCAUGAGCAAUGAGUCUACCUUAUGGAAAAACCUGACAGAAACCACCACCAUUAUACCCCAGGAGCCCGACAAGCAGGACGGCUAUGUGCUGCUGUUGGUCCUCCUGUCCGUGUUUGUGGGCGGAGCACUGGUCUUGCUCUCGGUCACACUGAUCGUGUGUCGCCACUGCUGCAAGGGAGACCGCUGCUUUUCCAGUGAUGAUCCGGAGAAAACCAACGUGACGUACCAGGAAGAACCUCAGCCAGUACCAGAGAUCACCAUCCAGGUGGACGAGGCCGACUGCUUGUCCACUUCUAGCUGCCACGAUGUGGAGACGGAGCGUUUCCUCUCUACCGGUACGACCGGCCGACGCGUCUCCUUCAACGAGGCAGCGCUCUUCGACCACGGCAAGAAGACGCAGGAGAAAGGCCGCAGGUACACCCUCACUGAAGGGGACUUCCAUCACCUGAAAAACGCCCGGCUGACGCACCUGCAGCUCCCGGCAUCUGCCCUGAAGAUCGUUACCAUCCAUGAGUGCGAGUCAUCUGACAACAGCAUGGCAAUGGCCACGUGCCCUCCCGUGAAAUCCAGCCUCUCCAUCUUCCAGCUGCCAGUGUGUGCACUUCCACAGACGGCCUUGACGGGCCUGACCAUCAGUCUGAACUCUCCCCUCCCUGGAGACACGCUGAACUCGAUGGUGGACACCAGCUUCAGUCAGGGCCCCAUGUCUGCUGGCUCGGAGGCCCUUUGCUCUGGCGCCAUUGAGGCGAUGGGAGCUGCCCCAUGGACUGCCAACAGCCUGGGCAUCGCUGGAGACGGGGCCCCCGCCCCGGGCACCCCCCCGCCUGGCGGCUCCGCUCAGGGCCACAUGCUGCAGUUCUUCACCAAACUGCGCCGCCAUGCCAGCCUGGAGGGCACCAGUCCCUACUUCAAGAUCAAGAAGUGGAAACUGGACAGCAGCCAGCGAGCCUCCAGCCUGGACACCAGGGGGUCCCCCAAGCGGAGACACUUCCAGCGACAGCGUGCUGCCAGCGAGAGCAUGGACCAGGAGGAGCACGAGAGCCAUCGCGCCGACAUCAUCCAGUACAUCGCGCACAGGCAUGACCCCGCCUACUGCUGCGGCGUUCCUGCCCCCAGCUUCCUGUCCCCGCCCUCCAACCCACCUCCCUCCCUCGGCAGGUUAGAGGUUGAGGUGACGGUGGAGCCCAGCUGUAGUGGAGAGAGAGGAGUGAUCGGCGCCUCCCCGGAACCUCAGGAGGAGGGGGCGGAGGCGGGUGCAACCUGGCGGCUAGAGAGCAUGGAGCCCCAGACACUUUACCACGACAUCUGGACCCUGCGGGCUUCGCUGGAGCAGUAUGCUUCAUCCGACCAGAGCAGCAACAACGACAAAGACUCUGUGCGGAGCGACGCCGACAGCGUCUGCUCACUGGGGGGCAGCUCCGAGAGGCGGGGGUUGCCCAGAUACCCCUCACAAGAUGUUGAGGAUGAGCUGGAGGGGGAUGUGGAGCUGAGCGGUGAGGAGCCCCGAGGGAGGGGGGGUAAGCAGGACAGCGUGGACUCGGAAAGAGGGAGUGAUGGGGAGUCAGGGAACCGCAAGCUGCUUCAGAUGGACAGUGGCUACGCCUCCAUCGAAGCCCCCUGCAAGGCCCUGGAGGAGCUGCGGCUGUUCGGCAGCUUGGGCAGCCCCAAGGACAAAACGGCGUCCGAGAAGCGGCAGUUCUUCACCAGUGCUGGGUGCAAGGGCACCGUGUGCGAGAGCUUCGAGGCUAGCCUGGAAGAGGAGAUGGAGGACGAGGCAGCCGGGGGCAGCAGUGCUGAGGCCCAGAGUCCCAUGGGCUGGUCGCCGUACGGCCAGAUGUUCACCUCGCGGGAGCCUGUGCAGCGCCUCCGGCGGCGGGACUACAGCAUCGACGAGAAGACCGACGCGCUCUUCCACGAGUUCCUCCGACACGACCCCCAGUUUGACCAGCAGGAGUCGCCGCUGCGAUCUAAGCACCGCUCCCGCGUGCACCUGCGCAAGCAGUGGCAGCGUUCCAAGCAGUACAGCGACCCCGGCGUACACUUGGCGCUGCCCCUCGACCGUCAGCGCAGCCCGCUCCGCCGUGGCGACAGCGUCAACUACCCGCUCGACACGUGCUACCAUAGCACGCUGCCGCGCAUCAUCAGCGCCCCCGACGAGGAGGCCAGCGAGGGCACGUCCAGCGCCGGCGAGCCUGAGUGGGCGGAGCCUGAGGAGGACAGGUGCAAGGUCAGUCCAAGCAGCAGCGGCAGCAGCCGGACCAUCAAGGAAGAAGAGGGCCGCUUAUCCUGCUCGCCUCCUCCUGGCUCUGACGGCGCGCUGGAGCAGCCCGAAGACAGCCGGCAGCCCAAGCACCUCCCCGAGCCACCAGACGAGCGGCUGGCCCCACCCCCUCCCGGCUACGGGCCGCAGACCAUCACGGCCGAGCUGACUGACAAGCUCACUGCCAAUCUAGAGGAGAGGCUAUAUACCAGCCUCCGCAAAGCCAAGGACAGCUCUGCGUGCAUGAUGGCCGUCACACGCGCUUCUCCUGACCACAGCCCAGUGUAGCGGGACUCUGCUUUCCCCCUCCAGUUGCUCCUCACAGAUUCUUAAAUGUUAAUUCCACUCUCUGGCUGUCCAGCGUACCCCCUUAGAUGAAAGAUGACCAGUUGGAACAAUCCAGAAACCUACUCGUGUCUUAUGUUUCUUUAAUUCUUUUUUUUUUUCUUUUAUUGCUGUAUGCCUUUUCCCAGUGUGGUAAGUGAAAACUUAAGGAACGUACGUGCCCUGUAUACUAUUCAUUCCACUGUGAAAUUGGGUGCUAUUCGAUUGGGUCGGACCACUGCGGUGAGGAGGAGGUGUGACCUGCUGACAGACUAGAUUGUCAGUGCUGUGUUGCAAGUGCUCUGUAGGGUCACUUUAUAGCUUAGUUUGCGGUAACAAUUCAGUUUAGGGUCCAUGCUCAACAUAGCCAUUGAAAAGGGCUUAUUAUUAAGGAGCUAUAAAAGUAUUUAAGAACUUAUUAAUGAAUAUUAACAAAUUCAUUGAUCUAUUUUUUUUCUUGAAAUGUUCUACUUAUACAUUGACCAUAUAAAAUAAGGUGUAACAUCCAUCCAUCCAUCCAUUUUCCAAACCGCUUAUCCUAUUGGGUCGCGGGGGGUCCGGAGCCUAUCCUGGAAGCAACGGGCAUGAAGCAGGGAACAACUCAGGAUGGGGGGCCAGCCCAUCGCAGGGCACACUCACACACCAGUCACUCACUCAUGCACACCUAUGGGCAAUUUAACAAGUCCAAUUAGCCUCAGCAUGUUUUUGGACUGUGGGGGGAAACCGGAGUACCCGGAGGAAACCCCACGACGACAUGGGGAGAACAUGGAAACUCCACACACAUGUGACCCACCAUGCCGCCCCCAAAGUGUAACAUGUUAUUUUUAAUUAAGACCCCUUUUUAGAAUUUGCGUCAAACCAGUAUGAAAUAGAGCUAUCAUCGCUUCAUUCUUUAAUUAUUUUUAUCGCAUUUUAAGACAAGUCAUUGUGGAUUUGUUUUGCUUCGUAUUUAUAUAUAAUUUCAGGCACUGGAACAGACAAUCGCAACAAGGAUUUAUUGAGAAAUGAUUACACUAUAUCUAAGUCGUAUGCCUUUUGUUUUAAAAAUGCAUUUUUCCAUUUAACUUAUGGGCAGCAUAUGUGUACGUAUCCACUCCCCAGCCCCAUACCAUCAGUUGUCCAGGAGGUAUUAAUUAAGCUUGUUAGCGGUCUGUAGAAAAAGAGCGUUUGGACAGUUACAUUCAUCCAUCUCUUCAUGUGUGGUAAAAGUGCUCCGACUGUGUCGUUUUUGUCCCCCUCUGCAGUCAGUGGGAGGGUCACUCAGCAGGGUAAUACUGCUGAUUGAUGCAUUACUGCAGCCGUGGGCACUAAAGCAUGUGUGGGAUCGCAUUUUAUCACGGCGCAUUUUAGGCAAGCCCGUAUUACAUUUAUGUAUGUUAUGUAGGGGUCACUGCAGUGAAACAACAGGGUUAGAGUAAGAGAAAUACUACGCGAUCUGUAAUGCAGCAAAUGCCUUCCUUUGUACUAGUGUGCAUCUGUAUGUGCCAUAAAAUGCCAUUAUAGUCACAUACAGGGAAAGUAGAAAGAUUUACAUUUUUACUUCUUAUACAUUUAGCAGAUGCUUCUGUCCAGAACACAUUCCAAACAUACGUGCUAUUGAGGAGCAGGAUCGACUCAACAACGUUUAACAAAGCAAGAACCUAAUGGAAUAUUUUAUCUGUCUUUUUAUUAAGUAUAGUUUUACAACAUAAAACAGAGAGGGUCACUCAUUACAUCUUUUAUUAUGGUGUAACCUGCUUCCAAAAAGAUCUUCACAGGUACUUUUAUGUUUUUUCUCAUAGGUUUUGUACUUUUAAACGGGUACACCUGAACUUAUGUGUUACUAUGACAACUGUCUUUGAGGUUUAUAGCACUUAGGUAAAUAUAUAGUAGUGAUCUCGAGUUUAUAAAAGCAGUCAGGCUGAUUAGGAUGAGUAAUGUAGUAAAGAUAGAUCCAGGACAUGGUGUUUUUGACGUCUUUUACUUGGUUUUCACUGGGAGUAUUUUAUUAGGAUUACUGUUUAUAAGAUGAGUGUUUUUUUUGCGUCUGCUGUAGCGAAGAGGACAGCUCUUAACUGCAAUAUAAAUGUAUAAUUAGUCCUUCUUCAAAGUGAGGUUUGUAUACCUCAUGAAUGUGAUUACAUUUAAUGCACCACUUAUAUUAUAAGUCAGACUGACAUCGAACAAAGACUAAAAAAUUGAAAUUAUGUUUUACUGUAACACUCAGAUAUGAAUGGUCUAAAGGUCAGUCAUGCUGUAACUUCAGAACUAGUAGCUGUUUGCUAUUGCAGCUGUUCUUGUUGACUGAAUCAUUUUACAAAGUAUAGUUUUCAGUAACUUAUAUCAUUAACAAAUAAAUGGAAAACUAACCUAGUUUACCCACCCCAGUAGCUGAAUUAACUGGACAAAAGCUUGUCGGCCACUAUUUUGGUCAGCUAGUUAGUUACUUUCAUGCAUAACAUUGAGCAGCUAUGGGCUAACUGGAAAAGAAGAAAAUCAAUGUUUAUCUUUAAGAGUUUUUACAUUUCUUUCUCUUUCAUUGGCAAGAGGCUUAUUAUUUUGCUGAUUAACAUAGCAGUGGCUUCACAUAAAUAACUUACGUACAGCUCCUUCCUAUCCCUGACCAAACACAAGAAUCAUGCAUGGCACUGUGUGUGAACUGCGCGCAUUAAAAUUUGCACAUAUUAUAGUUUUACAUUUAUCCGAAAUGACUUUGCAGUUUCACUCAUUUAUAGGGCUGGGUAUUUCAUAGUUAGCCACCACUCCCCCUGCUGGCCAGAUUAAAAGGUGCACUUAUUCCUGAGAGUAUACCCAAAUCGUACUGAAGGACAGUUUACUCCGAGUACUUUCCUCUUACUGAGGCUGAUAUUUUUAGUAGGCAGAGAAUGUUAAUUUGUAUUAUGACGUUGGUUAGAAUGAGUCAUAAGUGAGGUGUAAUAUAUUCCCCUUUAACCCAAGGCUUUAUGAGUAUUGCCUGAGCAGAAUCGGGGAUGGGGGGGGGCAUUCAUCACCAGUCAGCAUAUCCCAAAGUGAAGUGUGCAGCUUUCAGAUGAGAUUACCUGCACCACUGCUGCAUGAAAAACGGGACUCAUACGUCUGCUUCACAUCACCAAAUAACUGAGGUCCUGUCUUUGCCAUUAAAUAGUUGCCUAGGCUGGGAUUUUGGUUUUAUUCAGGGAAUCAUGACUGGAAACACAACGCGUUUCUUCCAGAAUAAGAAUUAUCUCACAUCAGUGUCUCCCGUAUUUAUUUUAAUAUGCUGCCUUGCUGUAUCUGAGUAGUUCAAUAGUAAGCUUUCAUAAUACUGCUAUGAACUCUAGGAAGCUGGAAUUGCUACAUCCCUUUUCAUACAUUCUAACAAAAUUAACAAGAAAAAUGAAUCUGGAAAAAAAACAGUAAUGAAAAGACCAAGGCUGCUUCCUCAGUAACUGGAGGCAAUUAUUUCAUGUUGCAGUCUUUAAUAACAUUUUUAAUGUUUCUUCAUUCCCUUUGCCUCAUUUGUGAGAAUCGGGCUAUGUUUUCCAAUGUGCUUUCACUUUUUGUUGGAGUUAGAGGUAAAUAUCGUACAUUUAUACAACAAACUUGUAAGAAAACCAAACGUUAUUAGAUGUAGUCAAAUCCAAUUUUCACAAUGAGCUUUGCCUUACUUACACUGCCAGAAUAAUUCCUGCAGAUUUAUAAGCUUUUACACUCUGCAAGUCCUCAGUGACCCCGGAUCUUGCGUGUGGAAUGGAAGCCAGCGUUGAAAAUCUGUCUUUUGCGAUACGGUCUUGUUUUGCGGCGUGCCCCCAGGGGUCGGGCUCCUCAGUCGCCGCGUUGUAUGAGUUACAGUGCAGCACUGACACCCCAAACGAUGUGGGACAACCAGCUGAGUCAGCUGUAGACCAUUCACUGCCCAAAUCUCAUUUUGCUGUAGCCACAGUCAACUGGGAGCUCAGCCAGAGUGUCUAAAAAGCCUGCAGAAACCCAGUUUAUGAUGUCAACAUCUUUACGCCAGUUUCAUUUGUAUGACUUGCUUAUGGUUUGUGAUUUAACUGGAGACAUUGCAACAAUUCUGACCUUUCAAAACACCCAGGACCACAUCCCGCGAUGUCGACGUCAAGGGAACAUGAAUUCUGGCGGACUGAGCAACGUUAUUGGGAUAUGAUUUGACAUAUUGCUUUAGAAGUAUAUAAACGACAAUUUAAA